ACCACCUAACCAAUGUAUCGUGCCAAUCCUACCAUACCAUACAACACGAAACCCUUCCAAUUCACCCACAAGACCGAACGAGCGACCGAGCGGGCAAGUGCAAAUCUCCAAAAUGCAACCACAGCCCUACCCAGAAUCCCGCCCAAAACCCCCCCCUCAAACCCCCCUCCAAAUACUCCCAGCAAUGCUUCACGCAGUGUUCUUCCAAACCGCUGAUGUCUUCAACACCCCCGCAAGACAACAGCCGGGCGCGGUAAUGUACACAAACGCCCAAGUACGCACCAGCAUACCAAUCUGCAACGAACGCUUCCAGUACGCCCUUGACCAACUGGAGAUGGAAAUCUUAACAGCCAAAGCCGCCCUCCGCCGCGACCUGACCGCCCUCCGUACGGCAGCGCAAGCGCGUGAGGAAGCGCGCCUGGCGGCGGAACGUGCGAGAUUGGAAGAGCAGCGGAAGAGGGAGGCGGAGAUCGCGGCACGGAAGGAAGCGGAGGAGCGCGCUAGGCGGGAGAAGGAGCGGAAGGAGGAGGAGGAGAGGAAGCGACGGAAAGAGGCCGAGGAGAGGGAGAGGGCUAGGAAGGCUGAGGAGGAGGAGGCCGCGGUGAAGAGGGCCGCGGCGGGACAGAGUGCUGGGACAGUGGUGGUGGGAGGUGGUGGGGCAGGGUACAGUCCCCUCUUUGGCGGGGAUAAGGAUGGGAAGGAGAAUCCUGCCCCGUUGCCCCCUGGCUCGAAUAAUGCUUCUGCUUCUGCUGCUGCGACUGCUACUGGUGGGGAUAGUUAUGAUGACUUCAUGGCCUCCGUGGCCGCUGGUGGGUAUAUGGAUGGUCAACCGAUCCAGUUCAUGGACGACUUUCUCGGCGAGUUUGGCGACUCUGUGUUUCCGGGAACCUAG